UGUACGAGUAGUUGCUGUUUACAACUCUGACGUAGCCAUAAAGUUCCAUGAUGCCCGUGUCCUGACUUGGUUUCCGUCUUUAUCCCACAACUGAGCACGCCCGUACAAUUUAAUUAAUGGGCAUUCAACGAUAUAAACUUGCUGAGGCAUUUUUAGUGCUCUGAAAAAGCAAGGGAAAGAAUGAAAGAGAUAUGCUCUGUUUCAUUAGCAGGCACUGGGACAAGAUUGAAGUAAUGUUGCCAGAUGCAAGAAAAGUGGACAACACUAAACACGUUUCACAGUUGCCUCCACACCAUGGCAACUAUUCGAAUUACAGAAAACACGUGCCCAAGGCAAAAACAACAGGUGCACAGACAAACAAUAACAUGAGAAAAAAACAUGUAUGGAAAUAGAAAGCCACAACUGUAAAAUCCUUAGCAACGACAUUUGCCGUUGCCCUGGGCAACCGAAAGGAACAACAAACUGGAUUGUUUCAGCAAAAGAAACUUUGGGGAAAAGUGAAAGAACCUUAGUUAAAACUGAAAGUGCAGCAAGUGAAGCGCAGAAAAGUCUUUAAACAAUAAAAAAACAAUAUUUGUAAUAUGAGUCAGCGUACUAAAUUCAUAAUAAACACAUCCGUUGAGUACUUUGCAGCUCGCAUUCCAGGCACGGAAUUGGAUGAGCAAACAGCGACUAUAUUGGAGUUUCUAGAGCAUGAGGAGCACACGGUUAUCUCGGCCGUGCAUAAUAAAUCCGAUGACAAAAUCAAAUUUCAGCAUCGCAUACCCAACGAGGAAGUCUGUUUGCUUUUCUACAAGGUGCCGCAGGUGGGACAAGGCGGUGGUUUAGGUGGCUCAGGUGGUGCAGGCGGUGCAGCAGGCGAACCACUGUUGGGCAUAUUAACACUGGAGGGUGGCCUGGUUAAAUCCAUUUACAAUUCCGUUUCACGUGUCUUUUCUCCCCAUGCUACAGCUCGACGCAACGAAUACAGUCCGGAACUGAGCGGUCUACUGGAGAAUUUGCAUGUCUCGUUGGGUUCCACAUUGGGAUUACCACAAAGUGGCAUUACGAGCAUCAAGGACGAAAUUAAAUACUGGAAGCAAAAGCUGAGCCAAAAGUCAAGUUCGCGUCUGGAUCGUGAGACAGCGCAGGUUUUUAUUGGCGUGCUGGAGAAGAUUGAGCAGAAAAUCAGCACCAUUGAUAAUGGCGGCAACUCAACGAAUCGAAUUGAGGAGUUCCUCGACCACGCCCACAACAAUCUGGACGAGCUGUGGCGACUGCCCUACAAUUAUCCACAGCAAAGAAUGGCUGAUUUGCUGGACAUUAUGGGGAAUCGAUUGCUGGAGGCGUGUCUGGUGCAGUUGCUGUCCGAGGACAUUUGGAGCCUCGGUUCGUAUCAUGUUAAUAAUCUGAUGAGUCAAUGCAUGGACACGGUGGAUGCCUGGAUGCAAUUGUGCGAUUCAUUGACGCGACUCUUUUGGCCCAACUAUGUCAAGCAUCCUUGGGUCGGGGACCCACAUUUGCCACGACGUGGUCAACAAUUUAAGGAUCGUCUUGGCGAGAUUCGCAACAUAAAGCAGCUCUAUAAGCAAAUUGCCACGCUGCUCAAUGAUGCCGAGCUGCAGGAGAUGUUUCAGGAGCAGGCUGCCUUUAGUGAUUUCAAUAUAUUUGACACCUCUCCAACGGGUCAGGCCAAGUGGCACAAGGCGGUGCAGCAUUUUGAGCAGGUUUUGCAACCAAUUGAUGAACGCAUUGCCGCCGCCUUGAAGGCUCAACUUCAUCAUCAUUUGAGCAAUCCACGCCAGGUCAUCUAUAUAUUCUCCAAGUACGAGAUGCUCAUACAACGGCCUGUCGUUCUGGAACUGCUCACCAUUGAAAGGGAACAGUUUUUGCAAUCGUUGCAUUUACUGCUGCAGGAUCUGCGCAAGGCCAUGACGGACACGAAUAUGGAGCCCGAUACGGGUCACCUUUCGGUCAUUUGCAACGAGUGUCGUUGGCUCAAGGUCGUUCAAUAUCAGAUACAGGAGAUUGAGAAGGUCAGCCAUUUGAUAAGCGGACGUGAUGGCUUCGAUAAGAUCAACAAGGCGGUGCAGGAGAUCAAGGAGGAGACUGAAUCGCUGCUGCGCACCAAUUUCGAAAUCUGGGCGGGACAAUGCUCAACGGCCGUCAAAAGCGGAGAGUUAAGGCUACGCGAUGAUCAGGCCGUUGUCAAGUUCGAGAAGGAAGGUCGUCAAUUGAUGCGCGUUACUUUUAAUCCAAAGCUCGUCACCUUUUGCCAGGAUGUGCGCGAGUUUGAGAAUCUCGGCUACAAUGUGCCCCUUGAGCUGCGUUCAGCUGCCACACAUGCAGCCAAGUACAUGUGUUAUGCUCGCCGACUGCAACAGAUUGCCACAUUCCACAAUACAAUUGGGGAUCGCAUGAUUCCCUGUCAAAGACCCAUUAUGCUUAAGAAUGCUUUGGAGCUGCAGCGUCUGGUGCAGAGCGAGACAGUCGCCUGGCAGGACGAGGCUUCCGUGCAACGUUACGUCAACACGUUGCAGGAGGCAGUGUCCAAGCUAUCCGCGGACAAUACGCUCCUGGUGGGCUAUCAUGAGCAGGCCAAGCGUACGGUCUUGAAACUCAUGGGAACCGAUCUGUUGACCCAAAACCAAGUGUGGAAGGAUGAGCUGCGUCAUUUGCGGGAGCUGGUUGCCACUUUGGAACGCCAAGGUUAUUCCAAUCUCGAUGCCUUCAAGCUGCACUGGGAUCAUCAGCUCUACAAAGUGCUGGAGUAUCAAUAUAUACUCGGCCUUCUGGACAUGAACAACAAACUGCCGGACAUACACAUCAAGCUGACUUUAAGGCAACGCGAACUCUGCUACAGUCCGCCGGAGGAGGAGAUACGGGAAGUGUACUUUUCCCAGCUGCGACGUUUUAUCGAGCGACCGUGCAACUUUCAUGGUCUUUCCGAGCACAGUUCAGUGUUGUUUCAAUCCAUGGUUACAUUGAAUCGUCAUCAUUUUGGACCGUUGUAUGCACGAGCAGCGGAAUUGUUCGAUAAGCUGGAGGAUUUCAAGAGUAUUUGGUUACCUUGGAUUGCGCUGGGCUGUGUGGACGUCGAACAGCUAUGUGGGAUUCACCUGAAUGAAGCCGCCGAUUGGGAUCGCAAUUUCCGUGCCUGCAAACAGUUCAGUCAACAACUGGCGAAGCUGCAACAAUCCGAGGAAUCUAUCGAUUGCAUUGUCAUCAAUGUGCUGCCAUUGCGCACGGACAUUGAGUAUCUCAGCCGACGAUAUUGGGAGGCUUUGGCCAACAGUUUGCGCACCUCGAUAUUGAAUGAUAUUGGCGCUGUUCAGGAAUUCCUGCAGAAUGCUUUGCAAUUCCUCCAGAAUGUGCCCAUGGACGAGGGCAGCAUCAGUCAAUCCGGCAUGAAGUAUGAGAAGAUAAUGAGUGAAUUGCCGCAGAUUAGCGGCACCUUGGAGUUGGUCAGGGAUAAGGAUGCCUGCUUGGCGGGCUGGUGCAAGGAACGUGUCACAGCCUUGGCCGCCAUCAUGUUGCAGUGGGAGCAACUGCAGCCGUUGCUGGAGAAUCACGCGGUCAUAUUGCAACGCCAGGUGGACAUGAUCAAGACGCAGGCACACACACAGCUUCAGAAUUUGCGCAACGAGGCGGACAAGUUUCUGCUACGCUGGGAAUCCACAAUUGCCGAGCUGGAGGCUAAUGAGAAUGCCAGUCUCGAGCUGUUCAAGGAGCGACGUUCCCACUGGCAACAGUUGCUGGCGAAGAAGCAGCAGCUCCUGGAUGAAUGCAUCAAAUUCAACAUGGAAUUCCCCGAGGAUGCACUUGCUCCAUUUGCCGAGAUCGAUGCGCAGUUGGAGAAACAAUCGCAGCAGUGGCAAGUCUACGAUUCAUUCCUUGGAGAACUGCAGCCAAUUCUGCAGGAGGAGUGGGCAAUCUAUAGACGACGACCUUACGUGUUGAACGAGUUCAUUGCCCAAUGGGAAGGCUCUGUUCACGCCUCCAUUGAUCUGCCAUCGAAGCGUAUUCGCCAGCAAGUGGAACGCCUGCAGGCGGCAUUGCCAAUCCUCCAGCAACUCCAGUCGGAUGCACUGAGUGAACGUCAUUGGGCACGCUUCUUUCAGCUCCUGCAUCGCAGUCAAUCCAAGCCCUUGCAUGCCAUACAGCUGCAGGACAUCUUGGAGGACAUGGAUGCGUUGCAAGCAGCCGCUCCAGAGAUUGGCAACAUUGUGCGGCAGGCGGCAUCGGAGCAAAUUGUGAGACAAGCUCUCGUGGAACUCGAUCAAUGGUCAGUUACUGCGCAGUUGAAACUGAUUGAACGCACGGACUCAGCCGGACAGGCUGUGUUCCUGAUCAAGGACUACCAGGAGGUGCUCAACAAGAUUGGCGACAAUCAAUCGUUGCUGCAAUCGGCCAAGAACUCAGCAUCUUUUGACAGUUUCUCCGAUCAAGCUGGACUUUGGGAGAGUCGUCUCAAUACUCUCGAUGUGCUACUCACUAGCUUGAGUCAUUCCCAGAGACGCUGGGUCUACUUGGAGCCCGUCUUCGGAGCUGGCACUCUUCAACAGGAGUAUGCUCUUUUUAAACGCAUUGACAAAGACUUUCGGUUUGUCAUGCGCGAGAUUCAAAUGGAUUCUCGGGUAACAUCACUGCUGAAAAUUAACAACAUAAACACCAUAGUCAAUGCACUGGAAACCCAAUUGGCCCGUUGUCAGCAGAACCUAAUGAGCUACAUUACGGACAAGCGAAAUUCCUUUCCGCGCUUUUACUUUCUGGGUGAUGAUGAUCUUUUGGAGCUGCUGGGUCAAGCGGCCAAGGAUGCGGAUAUUAUACAGCGUCACAUACGCAAACUCUUUCCAGGCUGCCACAGUCUGGCAAUUGAGCAGGCACCUAAUGGAGGCCACUAUAGAAUUCUGGCCGUGCACAGCGCCGAUGGCGAUAAGCUCCAACUAAGUCAAGCUGUUGACAUGACCGGUGACAUUGAGCGUUGGCUCAACGAACUUGUGCUUGCCGUGAAGGAGGCGCUGCGCUCUCAGAUCUACGAGUGCUACAACAACACAAACGGAUCAAGUGAUAACCUGAACGAGGAGCUACUAGGACGUUAUGUUAGCCAAGUUAUUGCCACAUCGCGAGCUCUGCACUUUACAAAGCAGACGGAAAAAGCGAUUGGCAGCAUGUCGUUGGGAAAAUUGCAGCAACAGCUUAAAGCGGAAAUAUCUCAUCUGGCGGGGAUAAAGCAGCGUACAAAAGGCGGCAGUUUGAUAUGCCUUAAGCUGAGUGCCUUGCUUCUGGAUCUGGUACAUUAUGAGAGUGUUGUGGAGCUUUUGCAAAGCCAUAAUGUGAUGCAUGCCACAGACUGGCAUUGGCUAAGUCAACUGCGAUAUUACCACGAUGGUCGACAGGUUUUGGUUCGAAUGGUUUAUGCUGAAUUUGAAUACGCCUACGAAUUUCUGGGGCAUGCCAACAAGCUGGUCCACACACGGUUGACACACAAGUGUUAUCUCAUUCUCACACAGGCCAUGCACAUGGGUCUUGGGGGUAAUCCCUUUGGUCCAGCGGGCACCGGGAAAACCGAGUGUGUCAAGGCAUUGGGUGGCAUGCUUGGACGUCUCGUGUUGGUUUUCAAUUGUGAUGAGAAUGUGGACACCGAAUCGAUGAGUCUAAUCCUUACCGGUUUGGCGCGUUGCGGCGCCUGGGGUUGCUUUGAUGAGUUCAAUAGGCUCCAGGAGGCUACUCUAUCAUCCAUAUCUAUGCUCAUACAGCCCAUUCAAAGUGCCCUCAAGGACAAGGCGGACGCUGUGCAAAUUGGCGAGCGAAAGGUGCAACUGAACCAGCAUUGCGGCAUAUUUGUGACCCUGAAUCCAGCUGGAGGUGAAUAUGGCGGCAGGCAAAAGCUGCCGGGCAACAUUCAAGCUCUGUUUAGACCCAUUGUUAUGCAACAGCCGGAGCCGGGUGAGAUUGCCCGUGUCAUGCUGUUUGUGGAGGGAUUUGCGGCUGCUGCAGAUAUUGCCGGACGCAUCGUCGAGCUGUUUGAUCUUUGUGGCAAAAUGUUAUCCGCCCAGCGACAUUAUGAUUGGGGACUCCGCGAAUUGAAGACGGUGCUGCUCGUUUGCGGCGAGGGACUUCGGUUGCAAUUAGCGGCAGCAUUGCCGCUAAAUCAAUCAAUGCCCCCGGCAAAUGUAGAGGAUGAAAUGCGAAUUGUUGUCCAAUGUCUGCGCUCAUCAACAAUGUCCAAGUUGGCACAACAUGAUGUCCAACGUUUUGAGAUGUUGCUGUUAAAUGUGUUUCCGGAAAUUGGCACCUCGGUGGCGCCAUCAACACCGCUGCAGCAAGCACUGUCUGCCGCCUUUAGGUCACUUGGACUGUGCUCCAAUGACAAACAAAUUGAGAAGGCAUUGCAAUUGCAUGAGCAGCUCCAGAAGCGCAUGGGCGUUGUCCUUGUUGGGCCACCCGGCUGCGGCAAGUCUACGAUUCUAUCUCUGCUUCGUCAGGCAUUGACCGCAACAUUGGGGACUCAACUGCGGGUCCACACCAUCAGUCCCAAGUCGAUGAGUCGCGUUCAGCUGCUCGGACGCUUAGACACGGAUACCAGGCAAUGGUUAGACGGCGUCUUGACCCACACAGCUGUUGUUGUCAAUCAGGAACCAGGUCACGUCCAUUCGUGGAUUGUCUGUGAUGGCAGCAUUGAUCCCGAGUGGAUAGAGGCAUUAAACUCGGUGCUGGAUGACAAUAAACUCCUCACACUGCCCUCUGGUUGGCGCAUACAGUUCGGCAACAAUGUCAACUUUAUAUUCGAAACGGACGAUGUGCGUCACGCCUCCCCGGCUACCAUAUCACGGAUGGGAAUUGUCAACAUGAGCUACGACUAUUAUCCAUUGCAAGAAAUACUAAAGCACGAGCUGACUAAAGAACCUUAUGGAGAUUUACUACAAAACUAUAUCGAUGGAAAUUUUAAGAUUGCAGUCGAUUGGCUAGAAACCGAACGCUUAUUGGAUCAAAUGCCUGGCAUUAGUCAAGUCAGUUUGUUGCGCUCUCUGUUGCUGCAGUUGCACAAUAGUCAAUCAAUUGAGGAGUAUGGAGCUGCCACACUACGAUCACUCCUCGGCUACAUUCCUAGCGAGCGACAGCGAGAAUUCGCCCAGUUGGUGUUGCAACGUGCGAAUGUCUAUGUGGCACAACCAAAUCACGCCGAGCUGAGUUACUUUGAGCCACAACGCAACGCACUAAAACAGUAUGCGGUGGGCGUGACAGAGCCACCUGAGCGGGACAGUCAACUAGUAGUUACAGCUUACGUUAAAUCAUAUUUGAAUAUAAUUGGAUCUCUGCUAGAGCCGCCAGCUGAAAGAGCUUCUCCCUUUAUGCUCGUCGGCCCAAGUGGAGCGGGUAAAACUUUGCUUUUGCAACAGGCAAUGUUGGAACAUUCAGGUUAUCAGUUGGCCAGCAUCAAUUGCUCCACACAGCUGACGGCUGCUUAUGUGCUCCACACCUUAAGGACGCACUGCGUCACAGUGAGCGGAGUGCGAGGACGUGAAUACCGACCAAAGCAAUCGCGUUUGGUGCUCUUUAUGAAAAAUCUGGAUCUGUGUCAAUUGGAUGCCUGGGGUGCCUGUGAGAUUGUCGAGCUGCUGUUGCAACUUGUGCAACGUGGAGGCUUCUAUGCGGACAAUCUGGAAUGGAUAACCGUCAGUGGAUUGCAAAUCUGUGCGUCCAUUAGCGGUAAUUUGCUGAAAAUUGCUCCACGUUACUUGGCCAUCAAUCAAUAUGUGCGCGUCGGGCGACCAACAGCCUCCGAUAUGAUGGCCAUCGUUCAGUGUCGCCUCGAGCCGCUGCUCAACGGACAUUUCAGGACAACUGGCAGUAACAUCAAUUUGCAACAUGUUAGCGAAUGUCUAAUAGAGUGCUUUGAAAAGUUGCAGACAACUUUUACAACCUCUGGAGUUCAGCAUCAUGUUCAUUAUCAGUUUAGCCCCAAAAGCAUUAUGAAAUUACUGGAGUCGCUUAUCUUUUAUCCCCCUUCUAACUUUAAUGAGGCUUUGAAUUGCGAGCUUUUGGGGAUGUUUAAGGAUCGUUUGGCUUGCGAGGAGCAUGUGCAGCAAUUUGAAUCAAUUCUCAAGCAGACCAUGCGUAAAUAUUUUGGCAAGGAGAAAGUCUACUUUGUUCCAAAGUCCCCGAAGUCGAAGGGACAAUUGCAUGGAUUGGCACAUGAUGAGUGGCUGGAGGAGGUGCAAAGGCAGAUCACAAUAUGCAAUGCCGAAAGCUAUAGCAUUAUAGCGCCCAUUACAGAGGAACUGUUGCAGCAGACGGCGAAAGUAGUUCGAAUAUUGUCCCGCAACGAUGCACACUUGUUGAUCCUGGCAGAGGCUGGAGAUCGACACAUGGAUGCGAUUUAUGCAGCUGCCACAUUACAACAGGCCAAGGUGCUGAGUCUGCAAGGUAACUCCAACUACGGAUUGACCGAUUUCUAUAACGAACUAAAGCUGGCGAUGCAGACAGCCGCGUUGGAGCAACAGAUGAGUUACCUCCUCAUCGAACACUGUUGGCUCAGCUAUGUGCCAGAUAUAUUGAAACCCAUUGAGGCCUUGCUCGAGGGCAGCGAGAUCUUGGAACUAUUUGGUGAUGAUCUCGAAUCAGUGGCAAGCACCUUAAAACAGGCGGCACAGUUGGAAGGAUACCAGGAGUCGCUGGGCGCCUACUUUAUGAAACGUGCACGAGAGCACCUGCAUCUGAUUCUGGUGCUCGAUCCGAGCAGUCCACAGUUAUCGGAGUAUUUCAACAGCUGUCCAGCUUUACAUCGCCAAAUGGACAUGCUCUAUUUGCGUCCCGAAUCGCGGGAAACACACGCCAUGCUGCCGAAGCAGUACAUUGAGAAGCUGAAUGAGGCGGGCGCAGGAAAGGGGCGUGGCAAGGUGCCCGUCUGUAGUCACUUUGCCGAUGUGGAGGAGGAGCUGCCAAGGGAGCAGCCUUCACAUCGAUAUUAUCAACUGAUCAGCAGCUAUUAUCACAUGUAUAGCAAUGCGGCAGCAGAGAUUGAUCAGCGACUGGGAAAGCUGCAGUUGGGAGUGGAUAAAUUAGCAGCUGCCCAUGGUCUGGUGGACACACUCAAGUCCAAUGCCUCGGCACAGGAGCAGGCUCUCGGAGAGAAGCGACAGCUGGCGAAUGAUGCUCUGGAAAUGAUCUCGCAAACGAUGCACAAUGCAAAUGAACAGAAGUCAAGCAUGUUGGAAUUGAAGCAACAGACGCAGCUGAGCAGUGAGCAACUGAAGCAACGUCAGCGGGAGAUUCAACAGGAGUUGGCUGAGGUGAAACCCAUUCUAGCCGAAGCCAGCACAGCAGUGGGCCAAAUUAAAUCCGAAGCUCUCUCCGAGAUACGUUCAUUGCGUGCUCCACCGGAGGCGGUGAGAGACAUCCUCGAAGGCGUGCUGCGACUCAUGGGCAUCAGGGACACCUCGUGGAACAGCAUGAAGACCUUUCUGGCCAAACGUGGCGUAAAGGAGGAUAUACGUUCUCUAGACCCCGCUCAUAUUAGCCCGGAGAACUGUCAGGCCGUUGAGCGUCUGCUCGCUGCGAAGGGAGAUUCCUAUGAAUCCAAGAAUGCCAAACGUGCCUCGGCAGCGGCGGCUCCUUUGGCAGCCUGGGUGCAAGCCAGCGUCCGUUAUGCCCGUGUCAUCCAGAGCAUUAAGCCCUUGGAACGAGAACAAAACGAAUUGCAGCAUAAUCUCAAUGCGGCUGAGAAUGAGAUGGAGCAACUGGCCAGCGGCUUGGAUGAUGUGGACAAGCGGGUCAAGCAGCUGUCGACCAAGUUGCAGACGUACACUCAAGAGGCAGCUGUGCUGGAGCUGAAGCUCCAAGAGGCGGGAGCCACACUCCAGGCAGCUGAACUUCUUGUGGGCAAACUAAGUGCGGAGUAUGCCACUUGGAGCGAGCAGCUCGCGGAGUUGAAGAAAGCACACAAAACGCUUGAUGGGAAAAUGUUACUUCUGGCUAUGGCCAUCACUUACUAUGCGGGUUGGGGCGUGGAGCAGCGAGGCGCUUCACUUAAGCGCCUCAGCCUGGAGUUUCGCCUGCCAGGAUCGCACUUCGAACUGCGUCAAACUCUCGUUACGGAGCAGCAGCAGAUUAUCUGGGAAAGCCAGGGACUGGCACGUGAUGCACAGAUCAUUGAGAGCGCUGCGUUGCUCAGAGAGAUGCUAUCGCUGCCUUAUGGCAGCUGCCCAGUGCCCUUGCUCCUCGAUCCAACACAGACGGCCGGACAAUGGCUAUCGGCGCAUUUACGUGCCACAGGACGAGCGAGUGAGUUGACCACACAAGGAAAUGAACGACUUUGCUAUCAAUUGGAGUUGGCUGUGCGAUUUGGCAAAACGCUGCUCAUCAUGGACUGUGAGCAACUGCGUCCGCCGUUGCUGGAGCUGCUGCAGGGACACAUCUAUGUAAGGUUUAACAAACGUCAAUUGGCGGUGGGGAGUAAACUCGUGGAUCUACAUGAAGAUUUUCAACUUGUGUUGAUCAGUAAGUCGCAUCGAUUACAAGAGUUGCCGCCGGAGCAGUGUGGUCACGUGAAUCUCUUAAGAUUCACAGUGACUGCCACGGGAUUGGCGGAUCAAUUGCUGUCCAAGGCGAUUGUCUUGAAGAAUCCCACGUUGGAGCAACAACGCAUUGAGCUGCUCCAGCGUGAAGGCGAGCUGCUCAAGCAGCGUCAAGUGUUGCAAGAUAAAUUGUUGGAGCAAUUGUCCAAAGCUGAGGGAGAUAUACUACGCAAUGAGCAGCUCCUGGCCAGCCUCAAUGAGGUGAAACAAAGCAGCGCACAGAUUGAUGCCGCCUUGGAGCAAAGUGGUCAAGUCAAGCAGACGUUGCUCUCACAGUUUGGAGCACUCCGGGAACUCUGCGUCAAGGCGGCAGAUUUUUAUGCUGGCCUCACAAAAGGUUAUGAACUCUCCGCCUUGGUUUAUAUCGAACUCUUUUUGGGCGCGUUGCGUGGUCAGGAGUUGCCUCAAUUAUAUGAGCGUCUUGUGAGAAGUGUUUACUUGCAACUGGCGCGUGCCACAACGAGAGAGGAUCAAUUGGCAUUGGCUCUCUGGGUGUGUCGACAGGCUUAUGGCUCAGCACUUGGCAUCAAGGAAUGGGAAUUGUUUGUCAGCAAUUUCAUGGGCAGUGCCGAUGGAGGCAACAAUCAAUUGGCAGCUUUCCCGGAUUGCAUGAGCCGUGAUUCGCAAUUGAAGCUCUCACAGUUGUUGCAACAGCUGCCGGAAUUGAGAACGCAACUUCAACUAGACAAGGAUUAUGUGUGGCGAGGAUUCAUCGAGCAGCAAACGGACGAUGUGCUGCCUGCCAUUUCAUCACCGUUUCAUCGAGUGCUUGUGGCCCAAAUCUUUCGGCCCGAUUUGCUGUUGUCGCAGCUGCGUUUGGCCAGCAGCCAAUUGUUGGGACUCUCGCCUGAAGCUGCCACACAGCCGAGCGUGCAACAAUUGCUGGAGCAAAGCAGCUGCGAUCGACCCAUCUUGAUGAUAAGUCAACCAGAAUUGGAUCCGGCCACAGAGCUGCGUGGCGUGGCCUUAAAGAGAUCCCAGAAAUACCAGGAGUUGGCCAUUGGGCGUGGCAGCGAGCAACGCGCCCUAAUGGCCUUGCAACAAGCUGCGGCAGAGGGACAAUGGCUGUGCAUCAAGAAUAUGCACUUGGUGCCAGAAUGCUUGCCACAAAUGGAAAGGCAAUUGGGGGAAAUUAAAAAAUCUCCCGACUUUCGCUUGUGGCUGCUGUGUGAAUCCACCAAAGGAUUCAGUGAGUCGACAGUUUACAAGUGUCUCAAGGUGCGCUACGAGCAACCACGUGGUCUCAAGCAGCAGGUGCAACGCAUGCUGCAGAACUAUGCCGCCAGCCUCGAUCCGGAGUUGGCCAAAAGGCAAUCAGCCAAGUGCUUGAAGAUGCGUUUGGUAAUUUUCCUGCUGCAGGGGGUGCUGCAGCAGAGGCGCCAAUAUAUUCCUCAGGGCUGGUCCAAGUACUAUGAAUUUGGUGAGGCCGAUCUCAAAGCGGCCUUGGGCGUAUUAACUUGGCUGGAUGCACAGCUCGCAAGUGGACGCUGCGACUGGACAUUAAUGCAGAGACUCUGCGAGGCUUUGGCCUAUGGCGGCAGAAUUAAUAAUGACAGGGAUGUGGAGAUUCUGAGAUGUUAUCUGUCGCAGUUUUGUACUGCAGAUGUGCUGAGCAACCGCUGGUUGCCUCUGGGAUUGGCCAGCAACAUGCCGACGAGCGGACAGUUACAGGACUACUAUGCGGCGCUGGAGAAGCUGCCGGAUGUGGAUGAACCACGUAUGUAUGGACUGGCAAGUCAGGCGCAAAAGCAGCGGCAAAUGGAGCAAGCACGUUUGGUGAUCAAACAACUGCGCGGAGUAAGCUAUGGAGCGGGAGUAGCUGGCGGGGAAGUGUCUACUACAAACUCUAGACAACGCCUGGAACAACAAAUUAAACCAUUGUUGAGCUUGUGGCGCAAAUUGGCUAAUAACUGCAGCAUAACGCAGACAGCCCAGGAAGUGCUGGAAGUGAAGGGCACGGAUUCAUCCUCGCCCUGGCAACUCUUUGUGCUCGCCGAGCUGCAACUGGGCGCGCUUUUAUACAGAGCAGUGCAUCAAUUACUUUCGCAAUUACACGGCUGGCUCAAGGAGUCGACGGCGUCAGCAAAUCCUCCACUGGAUGUGGAGGCCAAGGCGCUGCAAGCUCUCGCCGAGCAGCAGGUGCCCAGUGCCUGGCAGAAACUCUGGCCAGGAUCGAGCAGCAACAAUGCUGUGGAUUAUCUCCGGGGCUUGAUGGUGCGUGCGCAGGCGGCUGAGCAGCGUUACAAGGAGCAAGUGCAGCUAAGAUUUGGGCAAGAAAUCAAUCUGACACAUGUCUACAAUUGCGAGAAUCUCUUGGCCUGUCUCAAGUUGCAGCAGGCGCAGCAAUUUGGCGUCUCCACGCAGCGACUGCAACUACAGAGCCUCCAGGGGAGAGGGAGCGACGAGGGGAACAAUUGCAUAGUGUUGAAGCUGGCGCCGCUCAAGCUUGAUGGUGACACGCAGACAACAAAUGCAAGUGAUUCGACGUCAUUUUACAUCACUUACAAAAUCAACGAUGAUCGUCAGAGCAGUGCAAAAAUCGACAAAUAUAAGAAAAUCGAUCAGUUCGUUAAUCACAGUCAACACUCGGAUGAAAGAAUCACUUUACCACUGUACUCGCGUGCCAGCCGGGACAAGCUCCUCUGUCACCUGGAAGUCCAAUCAUUUGGAGCCACCGCGGAACAAGUUCUUUUGGCGGGAACUGCGCUUAUUGUCAGUGACUUUUAAAAUCUACUCAAAUUCAUCCCAGAAAAUCGAUUCAA